AUGUCUAAUCACCCAAAAAUCCACCCGCUCCACGACCCGGAAGCUCCACAAACGCGUCCAACGGCUCCUCUGGUUCCACGUGGUGCCUCGAGAUCAGAACACGGAGAUCCGACCAAAGACCCGUUGUCCCAAAGGCCUCAACACUUCGUGCCGUUGCCUCCACCGAAGAAGAGAAGACGAAGCUGUUGCUGUAGGUGCGUGUGUUACACGCUCUGCCUUCUCUUGCUCUUUGUUGUUGCAGUAGGCGCGACGAUUGGUAUACUCUACCUUGUCUUUAAACCAAAGCUACCGGAUUAUUCUAUAGACCGGUUACAGCUCACCCGGUUUACACUUAACCAAGAUUCAAAUUUGUCCACUGCUUUUAACGUGACGAUAACCGCUAAGAAUCCGAAUGAGAAGAUCGGGAUUUACUAUGAAGAUGGGAGCAAGAUUACCGUGUGGUACAUGGAAGCUAAACUCAGCGAUGGUUCGUUGCCGAAAUUCUACCAAGGUCAUGAAAAUACAACAGUGAUAUACGUAGAAAUGACUGGUCAAACUAAGGAUGCAUCGGGUUUAAUGACAACAUUACAAGAGCAGCAACAAACAACUGGAAAUAUACCAUUAAGAAUUAGAGUUAACCAACCGGUUCGGGUCAAAUUCGGGAAGUUGAAGCUGUUUGAGCUAAGAUUCUUGGUUAGAUGUGGUGUAUUUGUGGAUAGUUUGGCUGCAAAUAAUGUUAUUAAGAUUCAGAGUAGUAGCUGCAAAUUUGGGCUUAGACUAUAG